AUGCGAGAAAAUGGAACACAUGACUUAAGAGAACAUGAGAUUAAGAGAGUUGCUGUGAUCAAACGGAGACAGCAGACAACUGCACACAAGUCGAAAGUAGGAACAAGGGAUCCAACAGAAGGAGCACAGGUCUGGUGCUGCCUGGUGCAGAUAGUGAAAAUAGUUGCUGUCAGCUCGUGGACUAUCAUCUACCUACCUCAAGUCACAUAUAUCGAUUUGGAUUAUAUAGUUGUCAAGAAGCCUUGCAAACGUGUCAAAAACAGAGGUUCUCAUGUAUCCGAGGGAUCACCAACUCCCUUGAAAAACAGAAGCACUGAUAAGAAGAUAUUGGCAUUAACAAACAAAAUUAUUCACCUGCUGGCUGAUGUGCAGUGGGACUAUUUGGAAGGUCCAUGGGAUGUACUUAAAGGAAAGAUGAUGGCGAAUCAGAAAUUUACAAGCUCAUUUGGUGACUCGAUGGGAGAGGACAACACUGAAGAUCUUCAUAUGCCUGUUUCUUCAAAUGAUAUUAUAGGCGAAGAUAGUCAUGUCUUUCACAGCAAUCACGAAUCAAAAUGCUGGGGUAUAAGUAAAAUAAGGAAAAGACCGCACAAAUCUAUAGACAACAAAAGAAGGAAAGUGGAUGAAUGUUUAGAAAGAAAUUUAACAGAUGAAAAUAAUGCCACAGAAAAUACACAGCCCGAAAAUAUAUUAACUCAUAUUAAGGAGGAAUCGGACUCAAGUGAUGAAGGAAAUAGAUCAGACACUGACUUUUAUUCAUCUACAGAACCUCAGCAGUCAGGAAAAUCAGUCUUAUAUGAAGAUAGUAGUUUUACAGAUACUGACUAUAAUGCAGCAGGUUAUACAUCUUCAAAAGACGAAUCAGACCUGUGCGAAGAAGAUACAAUAGAAUCUAGAAUUUCUACACCCACAGAACAUCUCAGCGAUGAGAUUACAUUUCCUAUUGGGAAAAACUUUCCUCAGUUAGAGAAUACAUCCCAGCAAGCAACACAUGCCACAGAAAGAAUGUUUAGGUGCAAAGAGUGUCACCAGUGCUUUACUAAUAACUCAGAUCUUGUUCAGCACCUACAUUUUCACAAAGAGAACAAGUUGACUUGUUCUGACUGUGGUAAACAAUUCACAUAUAAGUCAGAUCUUGUUCUACAUCAGCGAUAUCACACAGGUGAAAAAUUGUUUGUAUGCCCUGAAUGUGGUAAAUGUUUUACAAAGAAUUCUGUUCUCACCAGUCAUCUAAGGAUCCACACAGGGGAGAAGCCAUUCUCAUGUUCUGUAUGUGGUAAAUCAUUUACUGAAAACUCUGGUCUUGUAAAACAUAAACGGAUUCAUACAGGUGAGAGGCCAUUCACAUGCUCUCACUGUGGAAAAAGUUUUAGCAACAGCUCCAACCUAAUAAAACAUCAGAGAAUUCACACAGGGGAGAAGCCAUUUGCAUGCACUUUAUGUGGAAAAAGGUUUCACCAAAAACCACAGCUUGUAUCACAUCAGAGGAUUCACAUUGGACAAAAGUAAUAUACAUGUUAUAAAUGUGAAGCUGUUUUUCCCCGCAAUAGCUCACAUGCUGUUCCAUGACGUGAGAAUCAUGACGAGCAGGGGCAAUCUCUUGAUUGGAAUCUUAGAUGCUAUUUUUGGUUUAGAGUACUUGCUUGGCCUGCAUAAAAGCAUGUAUUAAAUAUUAUGUUAAGUUG